AUGUGUGCAAUAGGAUGGGGUUAUUAUGCAUACGUCGUCGAAUUGUGCAUUAAUACUCUGGACAAUAACGCACAGCGGGUGAUCUAUUUAUUUUUCUUUCAUAUUUUAUUGCUUUUAUUUUGUGCUUCGUAUUAUCGAACGAUAUUCUCAGAUCUACGCCCACCACCUUCGAUUGAUUGCCUGAGAGAGCUGGAAAGCUGCGAGCGUGAUGAACCGUCAGAACAGGCCAUCCUCUCUCGUUAUGUGGCAAGAAACAGGGUGCCGAUAAAAACGAGGGAUUUUGCCAGAGGAAUACGAUUCUGCGCAAAAUGUAAAUGUAUAAAGCCUGAUCGAGCUCAUCAUUGUUCCAUUUGUGGACAGUGUGUAUUAUAUGGUUUCGUUUUCUGUAUCUUCGUCUUCUUCACUGACUUGCCGUAUUUUAUACAGUUUUGGACGCGGGACUACUUGGAACGAAAUUUGAAGGCUAGCAAAAUUCACAUCCUGUUUCUGGUUUUCGUUUCCGGAAUGUUUGCCAUAUCACUUUCGUUUCUCUUCUUUUAUCACCUCUACUUAACAGCGAAGAAUAGGACUACAGUUGAAUCUUUCCGUGCUCCGAUGCUCGAGGGUGGACCUGACAAACGCGCCUUUGAUCAUGGCAUUCGUGCCAAUUAUAGAGAAGUUUUUGGCUACGAUAGCAGGUUGUGGUUAUUACCGAUUUCUCGAGUGUGUUAA